GAUAAUAAAUAGAAUAAUACAUCGCAAGGUUGAUAAUAAUAGAAUUAAAUUAGAGUUUGUUAAAUAAAAAACAAAAAUAUGUUGCUGCUAGCGCUGUUGAUCUAUUUAAAUUUAUUAGAUGAUUGCAUUGCUCGACCAAGGAUCGUCGGAGGACGAGAAGUAAACAUUACAGAGUAUCCUUAUCAAUUAAGUUUAAGAUUAAACAACCAACAUAUUUGCGGAGCAGUUUUAAUAAGUGAUCUUUACGGUUUAUCGGCGGCUCACUGUUUUGUUGUACGUGGUUCUUAUACAGUCCGAGCAGGAAGCUCUUAUUUAACAGAAGGAGGUAUAAUUGUACCUGUAAUAACGGCAAUUUUACAUCCACAUCCCGAUCCUAGAAAUCAAAAUAACGACAUAGCGAUUCUCAAGUUCGCCAAUAGAUUGAGUUUUUCAUCUACUAUUCAACCGAUAAGUUUGCCGGAACAGGACGAAACUCCGAUGCCCGGUUGGUUGGGUGUCGUUUCGGGAUGGGGAAGCACCUCGAAUCAAGAAGCUACAAACGCAACCAAAACACUCAGAGCCGUAACAAUUCCCGUAGAAUAUCCGGAAUGGUGCCAAAGCCGAUACUCAUACAUUCACCUAACGAAAAGGAUGUUUUGCGCUGGGUAUAGAGAAGGAGGUAAAGAUUCCUGCCAGGGCGAUUCUGGCGGUCCGUUUGUCAUAAACGGCAAAUUAUUUGGUAUCAUAUCUUGGGGAUACUUUUGCGCCCAAUCCGGUUAUCCAGGAGUUUAUACCAAUGUAGGAGCUUUUCGUAAUUACAUCAAUUUAAAUUCGGGCGUUUAAUAAUUUUUUUUAUGUACCAAAAAUAAAUCACUGCUACUUUGC